AUUUGGCAAUUUAAAAGAAAUAAACAAAUCUAAACGUAUUGUGUUUUCAUAGUGUCAAAAAUGGAGAAAAAGAUAUCGUUUGGUUUCAAUAAAAUUUCUAAAAAAUCAAAUUUAUUACCAAAUAAAACAGAAUCAAAAGAUGAAAGAAAAGGAAUUGAGUUGAUCAAAUGUCUUGAAGGCCAAACUAUUCAACUAAUAGAAAAAAAGGAAGAAGAGGCCCCUUUAAUUAUUAAACUUAAGGAUGGUGGAAGGACUUCGGCAGCACUAUUGAGUUUAAGAACAAGACAGGCUGUCCUUAAUGGUGAGGAGAUCGUAGUAAACGAGAAUGAAUCCAAAACUGUGGUAUUGCCGCCGCCAGAACUUAAUGAAAACGGAAUCGAAGAUAUCGAAAAAAGGGCAGCUAGGGAAUUAUUGACCGAGAUCAAUCAAAAUAACGAAACGAAUAAUAUUGAAUCGACAUUAGUACUCCCUAUAAAAGCGGAAGAUUUACCUUUGGAUGGCGCUAAAGAAUCAACAAUCGAUGAUUAUGAAUCUAUACCAAUUACACAAUUUGGCAAAGCAAUGCUUCGUGGAAUGGGUUGGAAAGACCAACCAAAGAAAAAGGGUGAUCUCAUUGAUGAAGGUCCAGUUUUACGCCCCAAGGGCAUGGGUCUUGGGGCAGACAAAGCACUUAAGCGCAAAGCGCUUUUAGUUCCUCCAGAAACUAAUGAAAUUCUUGAGAUAAAAAAAGGUGCUUGCGUUUUAGUCCUGGGUGGCAAGAAUAAAGACUUGUACGGUCAGGUAGAAGGUUUAGAUGAACAUGCCGGACGGGUAAUAGUUCGAAUGGCAUUGGGAGGUGCCAAAGAAUCCUUCAAUGAAUUUAUGGUUCAACCUGUAUCGAAAAAGGAAUACUCUCAAUACUCAAAGUGUAUUAACUCAGCUAAAUACGAUGAAUACAAGCGAAUGGAAAAUGAGUACGGCCAAAUUAAACCAAAAAAGGAAAAUUUAAAAAACGAAGAUGAUGAAAAACAAUCUGAAAGAAAUCACCAAUUUAAAGUAGAGAAUCAGGACAAAAUUCAAAAAUAUAAUUCUCACUUAAAAGAUGAUGAUAAAGUUAAUCCAUCAUCGCAUCGUUAUUCUUCGGAUUUAGACUAUAGUUCCCGAAAAAGACGGCAUGAUGAAGGAGAUGCUAAAUGUAGUACAAGUGGUAGCAAAGAUUCAAACCGUCGGAGUCGGCGAAGUCCCAGCAAUCAUAGAAGCAAAUCUAUUGAAACAGUUUAUUCCUCCGAUGAAUCUUCCCCACGUCGGAGUAAGGACAAAAAGAAGCCAAAAAAAUCAAAGAAAAGCAAAAAAAGUAAAGACAAAAAGCACGAGAAACGGUAUUCAUCCGAUUCAUCAUCGAACGAUCAUAGAAGGCAUAAAAAGAAGACAAACAAAGACAAACGAAGACGAUCUCGAUCAAGGUCGAAAGUUAGAAGAUAGUUCUAUGUAAUAUUGUGUGACUUUGUAUAUUGUUUGAUUAUAUUAACAUUUCUGCAGUCUUUUACAUAAUUUUGUACAUAAUAAAGUUUUGUAUUUUUCUUUUUUCAAACUUAAGUUUUAAAAGCAAUCUUA